AGAGUGCGAGGGAGUGAGGGAGGGAGGAAAAUAAACAACAAAAAAUGUCCUCUUCCUCCCCCACCGGGCAGAUUGCAAGUGCGGCAGACAUCAAGCAGGAGAAUGGGAUGGAAAGCGCCUCGGAAGGACAGGAGGCGCACCGAGAAGUGGCGGGGGGCGCGGCGGCUGGGCUGAGCCCCCCGGCUCCAGCUCCUUUCCCCCUGGAGCCGGGGGACGCCGCGGCUGCCUCCAGGGUAAGCCGGGAGGAAGGGGCAGCGGCGGCCGGAGCGGCAGAUCAGGUACAACUCCACUCGGAACUUCUGGGCAGGCACCAGCACGCAGCCGCCGCGCAGCCCCCGCUGGCCUUCUCGCCGGACCAUGUCGCCUGCGUGUGCGAGGCAUUGCAGCAGGGGGGCAACCUGGACCGCCUGGCCCGGUUCCUCUGGUCCCUGCCCCAGAGCGACCUGCUACGUGGCAACGAGAGCCUGCUGAAGGCGCGAGCGCUCGUGGCCUUCCACCAGGGCAUCUACCCUGAGUUGUACAGCAUCCUCGAGAGCCACAGCUUCGAGUCGGCCAACCAUCCGCUGCUGCAGCAGCUCUGGUACAAGGCGCGCUACACCGAGGCCGAGCGAGCGCGCGGCCGGCCGCUGGGCGCCGUGGACAAGUACCGGCUGCGCAGGAAAUUCCCCUUGCCCCGCACCAUCUGGGACGGCGAGGAGACGGUGUAUUGUUUCAAGGAGAAGUCGCGCAACGCGCUCAAAGAGCUCUACAAGCAGAAUCGCUACCCCUCGCCGGCCGAGAAGCGGCACCUGGCCAAGAUCACCGGCCUCUCCCUCACCCAGGUCAGCAACUGGUUCAAGAACCGGCGGCAGCGUGACCGAAACCCCUCGGAGACCCAGUCCAAAAGCGAAUCAGAUGGCAACCCCAGCACUGAAGAUGAAUCCAGCAAGGGACAUGAGGAUUUGUCGCCUCACCCACUUUCGGGUGCAUCUGAUGGCGUCACCAACCUCAGCCUCUCUAGCCACAUGGAGCCAGUAUAUAUGCAACAAAUUGGAAAUGCUAAGAUAUCAUUAAGCUCGUCUGGAGUUUUGUUGAAUGGAAGCUUAGUACCUACAAGUACUUCACCUGUCUUCCUUAAUGGCAACUCUUUUAUUCAGGGACACAAUGGAGUUAUCCUUAAUGGACUGAAUGUGGGAAAUACACAGACAGUGUCACUGAACCCACCCAAAAUGUCUUCAAACAUUGUGGGCAAUGGCAUAGCCAUGACAGACAUCCUGGGAUCUACCUCCCAGGAUGUGAAAGAAUUCAAAGUCCUCCAGAGCUCUUCUGUAAACUCAGCAGCCACCACCUCCUACAGCCCUAGUGCCCCUGUGUCAUUCCCAGGGCUGAUCCCCUGCACUGAAGUGAAAAGAGAAGGUGUUCAGACAGUGGCCUCCCAGGAUGGCGGCUCUGUGGUGACCUUUACUACACCAGUACAAAUUAACCAGUAUGGCAUUGUCCAGAUCCCUAAUUCUGGAGCGAACGGCCAGUUCCUUAAUGGGAGCAUUGGAUUCUCUCCACUGCAGCUGCCUCCUGUCUCAGUAGCAGCUUCACAAGGUAAUAUUUCAGUCACCCCAAGCACUUCAGAUGGAAGCACAUUUACAAGUGAGCCAGCCACAGUCCAGCAUGGUAAACUUUUCCUGAGCCCUCUUACCCCCAGUGCUGUGGUAUACACUGUUCCUAAUUCAGGCCAGACUGUAGGAGCUGUGAAACAAGAAGGCUUAGAAAGAGGCCUGGUCUUUUCUCAGUUGAUGCCUGUCAAUCACAAUGCACAAGUCAAUGCAAGCCUGUCUUCGGAAAAUCUCUCUGGGAGUGGCCUCCAUCCACUGACCUCUCCGCUGGUUAAUGUGUCCGCCGCCCACGGUUUUCCCCUGACCCCCCCUACACUACUUAAUCCCGCUGAGCUAAACCCUGACCUUGCCGAGAGCCAGCCAGUGCCUGCACCUGUGGCAAGCAAAUGCACUGGGUCAUCUGUCAGCAACACUAACUAUGCAACCCUUCAGAACUGCUCCCUUAUUCCUGGUCAAGACCUAUUGUCCGGCCCGAUGACCCAAGCUGCCCUGGGCGAGAUCGUUCCCACUGCUGAAGAUCAGGUGAGUCACGCCUCGUCAGCCGUCCAUCAGGAUUUUGUCAGAGAACAGCGCUUGGUUCUGCAGUCCGUAGCCACCAUAAAAGAGAAUUUCUUACAAAAUUCUGAGAACAAAGCAACAAACAACUUAAUGAUGUUGGACUCGAAGUCCAAGUACGUCCUGGACGGCAUGGUUGAAACCGGCUGUGAAGACCUGGGAGUGGACAAAAAAGAGCUGGCCAAGCUCCAAACCGUCCAGUUGGAUGAAGAUAUGCAAGACUUAUAAGCCUGAUUCACUCCACACGUCCCCCACCCCCCGCCCCCCUUUCUCUGCUUUAACAGGAGCAAAUCCUUUUCUUUGUGAAGCCCGGAAGAUGGAUAGCUUCUACUCAUUUAGAGGAAAACACUGUACUUCUGCAAGCAAGUGCAUUUGGGUUGGGCUGCAUGAAGAGUGUAGUUACAUAUACGGGAGUGGAACUGCAUUGCCGAAGCCUUUCUGGUUACAUCAUGCUCGCUUUGAAAUGGAUGGGGGCGAGGUAACUAGUGAAUGCACCAAACCACCAUCUAUCAUUUAGUCAGCAGUAUAACAUCUACAGGCAAAAUGGAACGUGACAGUAUUUCAGAUUUAAAAUGUAUACAGCUAACUUAGACAAUUAAGUAAUAGCUCCAGGCUGUUGGAAGCAAUGCAGUUGGGUUUUUGUUUGUUUGUUUACUUUUACUCCAUGGGCAUUGAGAUGGUUAAGAAACAAUGAUACUCUAGACUAUCAUAAGAGUAUAUUUUUCAAAUGAUGUAGCGCUUGUAUGUGUGUGUAUGUGUGUGUAUGUGUGUGUGUAUACAUACACACAUUCAUCGUUUUCAGCAUUUUAGGGAAAGGCUUGGUUUUUAAGUCUCUACGUGUUUCCAAAUGUGAUUGCUAAUAGUCAAAUGUGGCAGAGAAAGUUUGAGAUGCUACUAAACUCUGACACUACUUGGGUACGAAUGUAAAUACAGGUCUCUAAGCAAGAUCUGAGGAAGUACAGUGAGUUUUUAUUUAUACCGUGUAUGUCUCUCUUCAGGCUCUGUGAACUGAAAAGAAAAAUGUCUUCUUACUGUUUAAUUUAUAUUUAUUGUUUGAGCAGGAGUAGGGCAUCUUUGUUUUCAACCAAGUUUAUUUGGUUUUUUUUUUUUUUUUUUGUAAUUUUUAUCAAGAGUCUAUUGAGGUCAAUGUUAACACUGAAACAGGAACUGUUAACCCCCAGGACUGGAACUUUGUUACUUCUCGUUGCAUCCUUCUUACUUUAGCAACUUUGAUUCAUUUAAAUCUAUUUUCUAUAGACUCCUAUGUGCCUUUUUACCUUGUGGCCUUUUUAUUCCUAGUAAGGUACAGAGCGUCAACAGCAAUGUUGAUGGUUCUUUUGUACCAUCAAACAGGGUUAAGUUUACCAUAGAAUCGCUUUAUGCAAGACUUCCAUUUCACUGACUAUCAUGUGUAAGGUUUGUCAUGCAAAUGGAUAGACAGAUAUUGUUGAUGCUUUUCAUUACAAUGAAAGUAAAAAAUUAUAGAAGACCAUGAAACAGCAAUUCUGCAGGCUAUAAAAACAACCAUUUUUGUUCUGUUUUGGCUUUAGUUUUUUUAAGACAGGGUUUUCCUGUUUAACAGAGAAACUGUUACUGGCUGCCGUGGAACUCACUUUGUAGACCAGGCUGCCCUUUAACUCACAAAUAUCCACCUGCCGCUGCCUCCCAAGUGCUGGAAUUCAAGGUGUAGGCCACCACUACCCAGGUUGAAAACAACCAUUUUAGAGUAAACAAAAUAUAUGUAAAUUGUACUAAUCAAAAUCUAUCCAUUAAAGCUUCACUCCCAGUGUUUUGAGUUGGUCGUAUACUGUAACACUUGACUGCUGUCUGUCCUAUGUAAUCAAGCAAAUCCUUCUGGUUUCUGUAGGAAACUCUGUUUAAAAGCUUUAGAAGGACUCUGCAUCCACAAUAUGACAAUGUAAUGUCUUCAUGCCGUUAGUCCAGGACACCUCUGAUUUCAAAAAGAAGGCAAUCUUUUCUAAGGUGACUUCUCAGUUGCUAAGCAUAAAGAUAGUACCAUGCCUUGUUUUCUUUAAGAUGGUGGAAGGUACUGCUUGGUUUCUUUUUUGUUUGUUUGUUUUCAAGACAGGGUUUCUCUGUAUAGCCCUGGCUGUCCUGGAACUCUCUCAGUAGACCAGGCUGGCCUCGAACUCAGAAAUCCGCCUGCCUCUGCCUCCCAAGUGCUGGGAUUAAAGGCAUGCGCCACCAUGGGCCGGCUUGGUUUCUAACUUACAUGCUCAUCAGUUGAGCCUGCCCAAGGAUCACUGAGGAGUUAGCAUUUGUUGUUACUACAAAGGGAACUUUCAGUCAAGAUAAAGAGCCCUGUGAAGAAUUCUGUGCCCAUCAUUUUGAUAAAGAUUCUAAAUCCCAUUUUUGUGAAAUUGGUGAAUGUCCCUCAAUUGCUGAAAAUAUGCAUUGGGCCAGAGGUUGGUUGGUUGGUUGGUUGGGAAGUUUUUGUUUUGUCUUCACAAAGCUCGUUGCUUCAGUGUGGUUUUCCACUCUGACACGUCUUACACAGCUUGGUUGUCCCCAUCUCCCUCCCAGUUAUGUACUGAUCAUAUUAAUGUGAUUAGCAUCCUGGUCUUGUAGUAUAGUUUACAUAAAAAUGAUAUUUUUCACUAGAUUGCUGCAAAUAUCAAGACAUCCUUAUUUUUUAAUAUCUGCCUGGUAAGGGAAGUGGGAAAGUCAAAAUAUUAUAUAAGGUGGGUGUGUGUGGGUGUCUGCGUGUGUGUGAUGGAAAAUUUCCAUAUAUCUGACAAAAAUAUCUUUUUUAUUCCGAGUUCUUCCUCUCUUUCCUCUUUAUUAGAAAGAAAAGAUAGCACAAAACUAAGUACUUACCUAGGAAAUGUAUUCAUAUUCCAACAUGAUGAGCUUCUAGCCCUACAAACACCCCAGGUAGCUAUACAAUCCACCAGGUAAGAAUCAGUGCACAUUAUAAGAACUUACUGUUCUUUUCUAUCUUUCAGUAAAAUAAGGGCCAGUUGAGAUGCAGCCCAUGUAUGUGUAGAUGGAAUAUGGUAAACCCCAUGAUCUCCUUGCACAGAAUUGCAAAUGACUUUUUUCCCCAACACCAAGGGCCAGCCUCAGAGUCCUUGGAGUUCAUGUGGCAGAAUAUCCUUCUUACAUAAACUAAUGCUUGAAGAUGCUGCAAAGGACCCUCUAGUGAUUCCCCUUGAGGAAUCAGAAUAGAGGUAAUUAACUCCCUUUAAACCCAACCCCUGCUGCUGGCUGUGAGAUUUUCUGGUGCCAGCCUAUCUAUGCACUCUAUAGCCAGAAUUGGCAUUCAGCUCUUAGUUACAUCUAGUAGAGAGGAUGGUCUAGCAUUCAAAGGAGGUUCAUUUCACCCCCCUCAAACAAACAAAAGCACCUGUGUUGUACUGCGUAAAUAUCUUGUGUAGAUUUAUAGUGAAGACUUAAUACAUGUUCUGGUGCCUUUCUUGUGUUGUGAAAGGCAAGUAGAUGUUGUAGCCAUAGGUCUUUUUUUAAAAUCCAUAGUUGAAUGGCACAUUGACCUUAACUCUCUGUAUGUACCCCUGUUAUUCUGCAUGUUAAAGCUGGAAUUAUUGGGCGUGUAUGGCAGACUACCCUGCUACAUCCUCAAUAUGUGAACAUUAGUGCAUAAACUUGAGUCCUUCUUUCUCAAAUGUUUUUUGACAGAUCAUCUCAUAAAAAUAAUUCAGGAAAUCUGUGGGAAGGUAAUUAUGUUUUACAAGAGCCGUUUCAAAGUCUUCCUAAAACUUGGAUGAAAGAACCUAAUGGUUCUUUUGUGUCUAAUCGAGGCAUUUCAAUUUAAUUAGAUAUUACCACCAUUUGUUUUAUUAAUCCAAAUCAUAUCGCAUGUGACUCUUUGGGCUUUCAGGGUUUCUCGAAAAAAAAAUGUAUAAUUUUGUUGCAUGUACUGUAUGUUCAGAUGCAAUCAGUUGUAUACUCAAUAUGGUUUUACUGUGCCUUACCUGAAGAGAAACUCUAUACAGAAUGUAUGACAUGGGGCGGAGAACAGAGCCUCUACUGCACUGUUAGGUGAUAGCACACAGCAUGGCCCAGAACAUUUCUGUGCUUAAUUACCCAACCAAAGAGAUCUAAAGUCUGUAUGUUGUACUGUAAUGGGGGUUAUGCCUGGACAAUUUAAGUGUUUUAUUUGUUUUCUGAAAUGAUGUGAACUUAUUUUUCUAAACACUAUGCUAAAUAAACUUUAUAUUUAUACAUAA